AUGCAGUUCCUCACCAUCGCCGCCGCUCUCUUCUCGGCCACCGCCAUGGCCGCCCCUAGCGUCAUGGAGCGUCAGGCCUAUGUCCCUUGUUCGGGUCUCUACGGCACCUCGCAAUGCUGUGCCACUGAUGUCUCUGGCAUUGCCGACUUGGACUGCGCCAACCCUCCGGAGGUCCCUACUGAUGCGACCAACUUCAGCGCCGUCUGCUCCGCCAUCGGCCAGCGCGCACGCUGCUGUGUACUCCCCAUUCUGGACCUCGGUGUCCUGUGCCAGACCCCCACUGGUGUUGACGAAUAA